AUGGCUAAAACCCCCACCAUCCUCAUAACUGGCUGCUCAGAAGGCGGAGCUGGUAAUUCCCUUGCUCUGGAGUUCGCGACUAAAGGGUAUCGGGUCUUUGCCACCGCUCGAUCCACCAAGACGCUUGCUCUUCUCCAAGAAAAAGGCAUCGAAACUCUGACGCUCGAUGUGACCCAACCAGAGAGUAUUUCCGCUCUUAAGGCUGAGAUUUCUAAGCGAACUGGAGGAACAUUGGACAUCCUGUUCAAUAAUGCUGGCAUGAUGUACGAGGCUCCUGCCAUUGAAGCAGACCAAAAACAGGUCCAGAAUAUGUUCAGUACCAAUGUCUUUGGUCUUUUUGAUAUGGUCCAGGCCUUCACCCCACUGCUUCUUGCAUCGGUGUCUGGCUCAAGUACGCCACCUACCAUCAUCAAUACUGCAUCAAUUCUAGCUCGACUUCCUUAUCCAUUUUCUGCCCAGUACAAUGCCUCCAAGGCGGCCGUGUCCUCCUAUUCUGACACCCUGCGGAUCGAAUUGGCUCCCUUAGGCAUCAAGGUGGUCACCUUGUUCAUGGGAGUAGUAGCAACAAAGCUCGUGUCGCCCGAUAGAGUACUGUUUUCUUCCGGUAGCCUUUUCCUUGACGCCGAAUCGGGUCUCAAAGAGAGAUCUAGGCUGCAUGUGCGUGAUGGGAUGAAACCUCAAGAAUUCGCACGACUAGUGGUACAAGAAGUCUUGAAGAACAAGACAGCUCUCGCCAAGGGGGAGUACAUAUGGCAGGGAACCAAUUCGUAUGUCGUGUGGCUUCUUAAUGCCAUUGGAUGGAGGAAGAUCUUUGAUAGCACAUCUGAAGGAAGUGUUGGCCUGGAUAAGGAGUUAAAGCGUGCUAUCUUCAAGAAGGGCCAAGAAAGUCUACUUUGA